AAUUUCUGAGAGAGUUUUGAAUUCUGUUGUAUCUUGGAUGAUUUUUAAAUCCUUAAGGAAAGUGAGAUCAUGCCUCAGAACAAUUCUUUUAUUCUUCUGCUAUUUCAUUUUUCUUAACAAAAACACUACAAAGAAACACAGUAGAAGGAAUUAAAACCACCAACGAUGGCCAAGCAAAACUUAAGAAAACUUGAGGUGAUCAUUAAAGACCCCCUCUAUGUGCUCUUGAUUCUCGUCUGCAGAAUUCAUGAGGUGAACCCAGGCUACCCAAGAGCCUGGGUUCGCGAGGAACCCAGGAGCCUGGGUUCCUCGCGAACUCGCAAGCUGGGAGCUUGGGUUCGUGAGGAACCCAGGAGCCUGGGUUUGCGAGGAACCCAAGAGCCUGGGUUCUUCGCGAACCCGCGAGCUGGGUUCGUCGCAAGCUACCCAAGAGCCUGGGUUCGCGAGGAACCCAACUCACAGGUUCGCGAUGAACCCAAGCGCCUGGGUUCAUCACGAACCCACAAGCUGGGUUCCUCGCGAACCCGUGAGCUGGGUUCGUCACAGCUCUCGAUAAGUAUGACUUCGAUUCUGAGCUCGGAACCAAGGUGAGCUUUCUAUUUCAUUUAGUCAAGUUAUUGAUUGAUGGUAUUUGCUUGGAUUGAAGGUAAAUUUUGAAUUAUGCAAAUUGGGUGCUAAUUUUAGUGAUGAUUUUAGGCAAUGCUUCAUGUCUAUGGUUAGAGAUUAAGUUGUUGAGGUGAAAGAUAUUUUCUUUUGAGUUGGAUAUGUGUCUUUUGUUCCAAUUCUUUUUAAAAUUUCAGGAUGCAUUCCAUGGUAUAUAGUAAUAUAUGAAGCAUGCGACG